AUUUUAUUUUUUAGUUCUUUUAACAGAAGGAAAGUUAAAAAAAAGGAAGACUUUUAAGUUUCCCCCACAAAAGAGAUCGUGGCAGGAGUUAGGGUUUCGAUGUGAAAUCACUCGAUCUCGUCCUACGAGGAUUUAAAUUUCUUUUGCCCGAAUUGAAUCUGUUCAUCUACGUUUUCAACGGACUUGGUGUGGCGAGCGUCAGAGAGGAGUUCGCUUAGUUCCUCUAAGCUACUUCUCCGUUAGUAUAAAACAAGUCCGUUAUAUUCCUGGCUGAGUAUGUAAACUUCUAGGCAUUCUCGACUCAGACCAACUCUAUGGAGCUUGACAGAUUAAAUUCUCCAACCACGUCUACAAUUGCUCUUGAAGUUUUGGGUCAUCAACUGCUGUUCUCGCAGGAUCCCAACUCAGGGCAUUUGGGGACUACAGUUUGGGAUGCAUCCACUGUGUUUGUCAAAUUCCUGGAAAAGAAUUGCAGAAAAGGAAGGUUUUGCCCAUCCAAACUUAAAGGGAAACGUGUAAUUGAGCUGGGAGCAGGUUGUGGAGUUGCUGGAUUUGGGAUGGCAUUACUUGGUUGUAAUGUAGUUUCCACCGACCAAAUUGAGGUUUUGCCGUUGCUAAAGAGAAAUGUUGAGCGUAAUACUUCAAGAAUAAUGCAGAUGAAUCCUGGUUUAGAUUCAAUUGGUUCAAUUGAGGUUGCAGAACUGGACUGGGGAAAUGAGGAUCAUAUAAGAGCUGUUGGUCCACCAUUUGAUUAUAUUAUUGGCACAGAUGUUGUUUAUGCAGAGCAUCUCUUGGAAAGACUAUUGAGGACCAUAUUUGCUUUAUCUGGACCCAAAACCCCAAUAUUGGUGGGGUAUGAAAUCCGUUCCACUAGUGUCCACGAGCAAAUGCUUCAGAUGUGGAAAAGGCAUUUUGACUUGAAAAUUGUUCCAAGAGCCAAGAUGGAUGAUAAUUACCAACAUGCAAGUAUCCAACUUUAUAUAAUGGGACAGAAGCCUCAGGAUGAAAGCAAACAAGAUACAGCUUUCGAACCUCACCAACAUAUUAAUGAGGUUGACAAGAUAGAAACGAACCAGGAACAGGACGAAAGUGGUGGAAGCUGUAAUGAGGUAGUAGAUAAAAUGGAUGAUUAUGGGGCUCAAAAGGUGAAGGACACUGAGGACCUACAAACAAAAUUCCCAAGUGGGAAGCUGAGUGACUGGGAAGGAAGAAGAUAUGGAUCGAUGGCUGCUCGGCUACUUCAACAUGUGAAGAUAACUUGAAAUGCAAAGGUUUAAUAGGAUGCAAAAACUAAACUCUGCAACUUGACGACAAUUUGCCAGGAAUUCUGAAAUUGAAACUGAGAUGAAAUCAUGCAGGUAAUUCAAUGAUUUAACAUCCAUGAGAUGAAAAAUGAGUUGUACAAUGCAGACAUUUACGACCAUACAACAGCAAUUUGAGAACAA